GGGUGAAGGGGGACCUCGAAAGGUGACAGGGCAUUAUGGUGAUGGAGCCAAUCUCGGACAGUGACCGACUGCGGCGCCUCCGUGAACUGGAGGCGCAGCUACGGGAUCCAAGAGGUGUUCUCAAUGUUGACUCGUUAUUGGACUCUGUACAGGCAAUGGUCUCUGAUUGUGAUCAUCAGGCCAUUAGAAGGAACAAAAAUGUUGAGGCAUUUGUCAACAGAUAUCGGGAGUCCAUUAUGGACAUCGAAGUGUUACGCAUGCGUGCUGACGAUUUCAUCAAUAUAAAAGUCAUUGGAAGAGGCGCCUUUGGAGAAGUUCAGCUUGUUCGACAUAAAUUCACCAAACAGGUCUAUGCAAUGAAACUCUUGAGUAAGGUGGAAAUGAUGAUUAAACGUUCAGAUUCUGCCUUCUUCUGGGAAGAACGAGACAUCAUGGCCCAUGCAAAUUCUGAGUGGAUAGUCCAGUUACAUUUUGCAUUUCAAGAUCAGAAAUUUCUCUACAUGGUUAUGGAUUAUAUGCCAGGAGGGGACUUGGUGAACUUGAUGUCCAACUAUGAUGUACCAGAGAAGUGGGCCAAAUUCUACUGUGCUGAGGUAGUUUUGGCAUUAGAUGCAAUUCAUUCCAUGGGAUUUGUUCACAGGGAUGUUAAACCAGACAACAUGUUGCUCGAUAUUAGUGGUCAUCUUAAAUUAGCAGAUUUUGGUACCUGUAUGAAGAUGGAUAAGGAUGGGCUCGUAAGGUCAGACACUGCAGUUGGAACACCAGACUACAUUUCCCCAGAAGUCCUCAAGUCUCAGGGUGGUGAAGGCGUGUAUGGUCGUGAGUGCGAUUGGUGGUCUGUUGGGGUUUUCUUAUAUGAAAUGCUGGUUGGAGACACACCUUUCUAUGCAGACUCUCUUGUUGGAACAUAUGGAAAGAUCAUGGACCAUAAGAAUUCUCUCAAGUUUCCAGAGGAUAUAGAGAUAACAUCAGAAGCUAAAAGUCUCAUAUGUGGAUUCCUAACUGACAGGUUAACAAGACUAGGUGGUAAUGUGAAUGAAAUUAAAAGGCACAAGUUUUUCCUUAAUGACCAAUGGACAUUUGAUACCAUACGAGAUUGUGUACCCCCAGUUGUUCCUGAUUUAGAUGGUGAUGCAGAUACAAGCAAUUUUGAUGAAGUUGAAAAUGAAGAUUCACCUGAAGAGAGCUUUCCAGUACCAAAGGCCUUUGUAGGAAAUCAUUUGCCAUUUGUUGGUUUCACAUACUCUAAAGAUUAUAGAUUGCUAACCUCUCCAGACAAACCUGAUGGGAAGCGAAAUCUGACAAAUGAUGGAACAGAUGCCAGUGAGUUGCCAGGAUUAAGAGCACAGUUAGAGCACCAGAGGAACAUCAUUGACGAGUUGGAAAAUAAGCAUAAAACAUCAAUAUUGCAAUUGGAGACAAUUACUCGGAAAGACCAGGAAAAGCAGCAGGAGCGAAGGGAUCUCGAUCGCAAGCUUGCAAUUUUACAACAUGACCUUAAGGAAGCUCAAAGGAAGGCUGAUUAUGAGGGCGAUUGUAGGCGGAAACUCGAUGGACUAUACCAAGAGCUUAAGAAGAAGUUGGAAGAUGAACAAAACAAACGAACGCGGGAUUUGUCGUCGGCCUUACAAACAAAUGAUAAAUUGAACUCUUUGGAAAAGCAGAUAAAAGAGGUACAAGACAAGCUGAAGAAUGAAUCUGAUGCCAAUACACGGCUUCGUAAGCAGAAUGCCGAGUUAACUGUCGUCAACCAACAAAAAGAGACCUCUUUAGCAGAGUACAUGGACAAGUUAUCUGGAAUUCAGACAUUGCGAGACACCCUUGAGUGUGAUUUGGUAAACUUACAAGCACUCCUGGAUAAAGAGAGAGCUCAGAAAAAUCAUCAGACUGAUCUUUUUGCUCAUGCAGAAAAUAAACUUCAGUCUUUGCAAGCUAAGCUUGAAACUGCUUAUGAGAGAGAAACUUUGGCCCGGAAAGAAGCUGACAAGGUGUCUGAUCGUUUAGUUCAAUUAGAAAAGGACAAAACAUCUCUGGAAUUGGAGUUAAGAAGUAUGACAAAUAGGUAUGAGCAGGAAGCAAAAGCCCUGCGGGAGGCCAAUUCUGCUGCCCCUACCAACCAUCAGACAAGUGCUCAAGCCUUAGCAGCAUUGCAGGAGCGCCUGAAUGAGGAAAAACAAAAGCGUCAACAAGCAGAAGCAUCUAGUCAAGAGAGAGAACGUCAGAAUUCUAUGUUGAGCGUUGAUUACAGGCAGUUGCAACAGCAGCUCAACAAGUUAGAAGGGGAGCACAGACAGGAGUGUGAAAAGGUGAAAACACUUCAGAAACAAAUUGAAACUGAAAGUGAAAAAAGAGCAACAAUUGCAAGUGAUCUUCAGACCCAGAAUUCAGAAUUGUCUCUCCUGCGCACAAGGGAGAAACAGUUGAUUCGGGACCUUGAAGAAUUGAAGGAGAUGCGAUCCAAUCUGGAGGAAGAGCUGCACAAACUCAAAACUCAGAAGUCUGUUGAUGAUGUGCAAAUGAGGGAGCUUCAGGACACUCUAGAAGCUGAACAGUAUUUUUCAACACUCUACAAGACUCAAGUUCGCGAACUCCGUGAAGAAGUGGAUGAAAAGACACGGCAAGUGAUGGAACUUGAAGAAGAGCGAACUAGUUUAACACACCAGUUGCAGUUGGCAGUAGCUAGAGCAGACUCUGAAACAUUGGCACGUUCAAUUGCGGAAGAGACGGUAGCAGAACUGGAGAAAGAAAAAACUGUGAAGGAAUUAGAGAUCCGUGAUUUGUUAUCAAAACAUGAAUCAGAUAUGUCAGAGAAAGAAACUGCAUAUAAUGAGGUUAAAGCGAGAGAAGAGGAGUUGAGUAAGACAUUUGAAAAUAUAAAACAAGAAAAGGAGGCAUUAAAUGCGCAAGUUCAAAGCCUUGAAGAAGAAAACAAGAAAGUCAUAGCAGAACAUAAAGAUGGCAUAGACAAGAUCAGUAAACAACUCAAGCAGGAGCAACUCUUGAAAAUGCAGGCUGUCAACAAGUUAGCAGAGAUCAUGGCACGCAAGGAGAACCUGCCUGCCAACCGCAAGCCCAAAGCAUCGGCAAGUGACUUAAGAAGGAAAGAAAAGGAAUGCAGAAAGUUGCAACAAGAAUUAACUAUGGAACGGGAUAAGUUUUCUCAGAUGGUGAGCAAGUACCAGAAGGAAGUUCAAGAUCUCCAGGCGCUUCUAUACGAAGAGAAUCAGUCCAAAGUUCGACUACAAAUGGAGGUUGAUUCUAAAGAUUCGGAAAUUGAGGCACUCACUUGUAAAUUAGCCAAUGUCAAUAGUGAGACGGCAUCUCUCAGCAGUGGUGCAGAUAAUGAUCUGGAUGAAAUGGAAUAUCGUCUAGAAGGAUGGUUAUCUGUACCCAAUAAACAAAAUAUUAAGCGUCACGGUUGGAGAAAGCAGUAUGUUGUUGUUUCGUCCAGGAAAAUUAUUUUUUACAAUUCUGAAAACGACAAGCAAAAUUCUGAUCCCGUCCUUAUUCUAGAUCUAACAAAACUUUUUCAUGUGCGUUCUGUGACUCAAGGUGAUGUUAUAAGAGCAGAUGCCCGUGAUAUACCCAGAAUUUUUCAGCUCUUGUAUGCUGGUGAAGGGGAGAGUCGUAAACCUGGUGAUAACCCUGGUGGUCCACUUGCAUUGCAUGAGGGUGCAGGUCCAGACAAAGCAGGGACUCUAGUCCACAAAGGCCAUGAAUUUUUGGCUAUAACUUUUCAUAUGCCCACUAACUGUGAAGUUUGUCAGCGACAUUUGUGGCAUAUGUUUAAGCCUCCUCCAGCUUUGGAAUGCAGAAGAUGUCGUAUGAAAAUUCAUCGAGAUCACCUUGAGCGCAAGGAAGAACUUGUCGCCCCAUGUAAAAUAAGUUAUGAUCUAAAUACUGCAAAGGAGUUGUUGCUUUUGGCUCCGUCUAUUGAUGAACAGCAGAACUGGGUGUUGAGAUUAUCCAAGAAAAUUCAGAAGUCAGGUUACAAAGCCAAUAAUACAGGUGGUCCUGACGGUGCCAAAGUUUCUCCUAGGGAAUCCACAAGAUCUGCCUACCGACCCUUUGUUGCCCAGAAGUCCGCCACCCUACCACCAAAUUCAAACUUGAGUCGAAAAUGAAUCUGACUAGAGUCAGAGUCGGGGUCACAAUACCUAGUGUGCCAGCAAGCCCUUUGUACUAUUUAUGUGAAUAUGAUUCUACAUAAGGGUACACUGUUGAAUGGCUUUACUUCUCAAGAUAAAUGACAGAUGAUUUGGAGUUUAUUUUGCCAAUGAGACAUUAUUAUAUCAAGGACCAGUGCCUUAUCAAGUCUUAGCUAAAAGGACUUGACAGAGAUAAAAGAUAUAUAGAUAUGCUAUAUCUGUAUGUUGUAUAUUUGUUAUAUAUUAAAUUAAACCAUUUCCAUUUCCUGAUUCGAUAAUUGCUGUAUUUAUGAGGUGAUUCCUCAUAUACUGACUGCUUUUAGCCCCAAACUACUAUCUUUGCAUGAGGGUGGCAUCAUUUUUUCCCCAUUGUGUGAACUUCAUUCUUGCUACUAGUGAUGGUUUCCUCCCCAGUGGUAAUGCAAAUAGAAACGUGCAGGUUGACAACACAGACAAGCAUUUUAGUAAAUUAUGCUUUCUAAACAUACAUGAACACUUUAAAAUACCAUAACCUAACAGUCCAACUAAUAAAGUAGUCUUUAUUAUCCAAGAUGUAAGCGUCCAGGUUUUUCUCACUUUCCAUAUUUUUAAGAUUGUUUUAAUUUAUGAUUUCUUAUAAAUGUCAAAUAUUUCCUUGACAUACUGUUAUAAUUGAAAAGUUUCAUUCAAGAUUCAUGGUGUAAAAUAGAUUUGUAAAUAAAAUUUACAUAUUACUUUUAGCUCCUGUGCACCAGAAAGUUUUACAGUUUGUACUUUUGUAAAUAUAAGCUCUACAAAAUAUUUUAUUUUUAACAGCCACAGUUACCUGCUUAGAAAACCUAAAAUAUUGACUGCCAUUAACUGCAUAUUAUAUCCAGUAAAUAGAAAGAUCUUGGUCCUAAUUACGCUGGAUAAUGGAGAUUCUACAGAAAAAAUAUUUAUGUAAUGAUUCAUAAAAUGUCAAAAUUAUGUGUAGUGUUAUCAUAAUGUAGAAAACUGGAAAUUUUAUAUACAAUAUUAGUUAUUUUAUACAGUAGCUCUCAAGUUAUCAGAUGCUUCGUGGAUAUAGUCUUGAUAAGUAACAAAGACUAUAUUAAUCUGUGAGUUGACAUUGACAAGAUAUCCACAUGGCAAAACACCAUCAUAAUAAUGUAGCUGAUAAUUACAAAGUCUAAUAAGUUGAGUUUUUACUGUAUAAGUACCUAAGCUCCAACAUUUUUAAAAUGCUUCCAAUCUCACUGGCCCUCGGUCAUGUUGUUGUUGUAAUUUCCCCAAUAAUACCAUUCUAUAAAUAUGAUCUUGAGAAUUCAGCCAAAUGUUAAGACAAAAUUACAGAAAUUUAGUUGUGUAUACCUAGCAAUAAUUUUUAUAAUAAUUUUUUAAAUGCCAGUGAUGCGUAGCCUUCUGUAGUGAUACAUAAUGUGCCCAGUCAGUCAAAAUAGUACCUCAUAAUAGCUUGCAAACUGAAUCAAUUAGUAUAUAUAAUUGUAAAGUUAAUUUUAUAACUGAGCACGUUUUGUAAAUAUCAACAUGUGCGAAUGCUACUUGGAGUAAGUGCGUCUAACUGUGUAAUCCAGAAGUUACUUUCAUUGCAGUGUAUGAUCAUGUGCGUGUGGUUGUGAAUCAGAAUGCUUGACUGUAUAGAUAAUAUUUUGUUUAUAAACAAUUAUACGAAAGCGGUAAAUAUGCUGAUUAACACGAAGUUCAAAUUCCCAGCUCUUCCAGAUGGUGUCUGCUUCAUCAUCUGGCCAAAGUCCUAGUGGACAGCUUGUUUAGAGCACAGUUCAUAUGUCUUGAAUUCUUUCUUUAAUCAUUUCAUAUUUAUAUCUCCUGUCUUAGCCAGGCAUCCUUAUGGUAUUUCAUUGGCCAUAUCUUGCACUUUACUAAUUUAUAGAUUUGUGUUACAAUUUUGCUUCUUAACUUUAGGUUAUGCAGUCUCGACUCACAAAACUGUGGGGAGAUAGUACUUUUUCAUUCGUCACUCCUCAUGAGUAUUAUGUUAGUAUUUUUCUUUAGGCAUUGUUGCUGCUGGGCCAAGAUAGGAGUAGGCAUGACCAAUGAUUAAGGUGUGUCAAUUAUGUGUACGUACAGUUUCUCAUUCCAUGGCUUCAUAUGAUGCAGUGUAUGUGUUAACAACUGAAUGUUAUCCAGUACUAGCCUAAUAUCUGGGUGGCUAGAUUUUGACUUGCUGUUGUUAUACUGUUUUCCCCUUAUUGCAUGGUUGCAUUGAAGAUUUAUUUUAUAUCAGUGUGAUACUUAUGUCAUUUGUCCGCAAAGUACUAGAAUUCGGGAAUAUUAAAUACUGUCUACCAUAAUUUUGUUUCGAGUUUAGGUGGUACCUUAUCUUCUCUUGAUACCAAAACCAUUCAGUUUUCAACCUCCUGGCACAGUGAAUAAAUUAUAACAGUUUUCAACCUCCUGGUACAGUGACACCUUUAUGUCAAUGCCACUGAUUUAGUUUAGUAAUAUUUCUUUUGAGCUUUAUUAACAUGUUUCAGACUACAAAAUGGAGGAUGUAGUUAUGGGAGAACGAUAUUAGUGCAUUUUUUCCACACCACUCAUUGUUGAGCAGUAGACAGUUUUAUAUUCUUACGACAUUAGAGGUAGUUGUUAAAUGUAUAUUUUUUUAAGUAAAGAAUACAAUUAAUUGUGAUAAUAAGAUGUGCUUUUACUUGAACCAAGCAUAAUUAAAGUAAUGUGCAGUACUGAUAUUACUAUGAGAAUUUGUUGUGGAAAAUUGCAGUAAUUGUUUGGUGGGCUUCUAAUACACACCUAAGUAGGUAGCAUGAAUGUACCAAUUAUAUUGUUGCAUUCAGGUUUUCAUGGUUAAAAAUUUAUUGAUGAAUAAUACUAGAGAUAAGGAAUGUGAACAUAACAGCUGUCCAUAUAUUUAUUAGUAUAAUGUUGAAAGUUCCUUUCCGAAAUUGUCCUGAUUUCAUGUUGAAAGGUACCAUAUCUAUAUUAAGCUGGUUCCUAUUAUUGAUUAGAAAUAUAUAGUUGUCAGUGGUAGGAUGAAUUGACCAAAUAAUCAGGAGAUUUUUACAGGAAUGUGAUAGUAUUCAUAAUUUUCCAAGUAUGUUUUAAUCCUUGUCUGGAGUUCUUAAGCAUUUUUAGCUGUCAAAUGUUAUGGACAUGCAUCUGGUAGCUCUUACAACAGUCAUUCACAGUUUUAACAAAGUUAGCAGCAUUAUCUUGUUUAGAUUCAUAUCAAAGUAAAAUUCUUUCAUUUACAUUGCACGGCUGAACCCCCUCCCUCCAGUUACAGCGGGCUGAGAUAACCAGGUUUAGUGCAUAGUAUUGACAUAAAAGGUUACUUUCAUUGAACCUCUUGUUGAGGUCCCGGCAAAUUACACCAUUUUUAUGCAAUACUGUACAGAGGAAUGAUACAUUCUGUGUGUUGUAGCUGAAGGCUAAUGAAUCUAAUGGAUUUGUGUGAUUGUAAUUUAAAUUAAGAGAUGUAUAAUUUGUGAUAAGAUAUUUGUGCCAAUAUUUUUUUAUUGGCUCUUAAGCCAGAUUGAAAGUAUGUGCCGUUGUAUGAAAGUCACGUCUGGUUUUCAGUCGGUUUUUCAUUAUAUUUUGUAUAAAUAUCUUUUAAUUAUUUGGUACUGUCAUCUUCCUUUUUUGUUACAGUUAUGCAGUUGACUUAGCAUGAUUGGAACUCAUGUUGAUCAUGAGUUUGGUUUUUAUAUAAUUUUAGAGGUGAAUUUGAUCUAGUAAGUGUAUGAACUGAUUUGCAGAAUACUGUACAUGGAAUGUUUUGUAUGCAAAAACAAGUGUAUCUGUCUUUCUGGAUUUUCUGUGCAUCUGUACAAUGCAAGUACUUAUUCCAAGAUAUACAAACCAGUAAAAUUAGCUUUGUCGUCAAGUGAUUUUUUAAUUUUAUUAUUUUAUACAAACUUACAGUUUGCCACCCAGUUUAUGUGGGCAUCAGACUAAUGCAUUGGAUCGUUCAGUAAAUCUCCUGACAAUAAUACUCGGAAGAAUCAUUACUUUCCGAGGACUAAUCGAGAUGCAACUGUAUGGUGGUCUCAGUCUCUUUCCUCUUGUGCUAAAUGAAUAAUUUCUUUUUUAAUUAUCUCUUAUCAUACUCUACAUGAAUAAGCUUUGUACAUGGCUAUUUUAACAAUGGUAUCGUGUCCCUUCAUUGGGUGACACACUCAGUGACUAGCAUUUAAAGGAACAAAAUCUUCGUCCCAGCCUGCUGCCGUAGGGCUCACUGUAAUCGCAUCAACAACUUUGCCCACCAUACUAAAUUUCUAGAAUAAACUAAUAUAUUUUUUUGCUCUCUCAAGGUCUUCACUGUCCAUUUAGGAAUGAUUGUCUUGAUUCCUGUCUGUUGGUUGUGUAAAAAAAUUGUUGAAAGUAAAUGUUUACCAAAACACUGUUUAUUAUUUACUCCAAUUUCUAUCAUUUGUUUGGACUUUUUACAUCACACCAAGCAUCAGGUCUCACCUUUUCCCUCUCUAUCUCAGUUGUGCAAAACAAAUUUUUAACUAUUGUUUUCUAAUUGGUAAUACAUAAAUUAUGUACUCCAAGUUGCAUAUUUUUGGACUAGUAGGAGUAGGUAUUACACAUUUCUUUAAAACGACUCUCGCUCUUUCUCUCCAUACACCUAAGAAAAUAAACACUGACAGUACAUUAUACCAACUGGCAGCAGGCAGGACUUGCUUAUUAGUGCCUGAGGUUCACAAGUGUGAUGAGAUUUUCUUUUCAACUUUUAACAGCUCUAAGUAACAUCACUCAAGUUCCCAUAAAUAAUGAUCAAAGUGCCGUGAUAAAAAUGUUUUUUAUUUUAUUAUUAUUUACCUGAGGAAGUGGUACUGGGUUUCACCAUGUUAAUCAUUAAAGCACACUUCCCAACUGAAAAAAAAAUAACCAUUAUGUUUCUCUCUGAUACUGAAGAGUUAUAUUACUGAGAGCUGUAAAUAUUUAAAUUGAGCUAUCCUGGUCCCUUGGGGAAAUAUCUCGGUGUUGUGAUGGUUGUGAGAGAACUGUUGUGCCGAGUCCAUUGAGGAAAAGGUUUGUGAUUGGUUUUUGAUACUUUACUGACAAGUUGGUAAGGUUUUAUUUAGCCCCUUUUACGUUCAUUCAGUACUUUUCCUUUAUCUCUUCAUUCAAAGUAACCAAAUGUCCUUGGUCAUCAUAGAAUUAAAGGAGACAAUGGUAGUUAGUGGGGAAACUAAGUGUGGCAUCACCUAGAUGAAUAAGUGUGAAUUUUGACACAAUUACCAAGUGUAUAGUGUUAUAAGUUAUUUAUUAAAGUUUUCAUAUUUUUUAUUUCAGUGUGCAUACAGUUCUCUCAGAUGUGUAGUUGGCUGAAAAUGGAAAUGCAGUAGAGAAAUAAUGAAAAAAUCCAGUCACUUAUAUGAGAUCAGAAAAAUAUUUUGGUGUUUCUCUCUCAUUGAUACUAUUUUCUUACUGUUUUAGGUGAACUGUAACUUUCACAUUUAGAGAUUCAAUUUUUCUUCCUAUUUAUGCCAGGAACUGCUAUAGAUUCCAACUCUGUGGGAAUCAGUUUUUAUAGCAGCUUCAUUUUCACUGAUGUGUUGAUACUGAAAGAGGAUAUUGUUUGUGUGCAAUGUUUGCCAAGAAUAUUAUUCAUAUUUGUGCAGAACAGAACUGGAAUAAACCUACAUUCAUCACUGGUGGAGGUUUGAUUUCAUAAAAAUAGAGUUUCAAGUACUUCCAUGUAAACUAUGGGAACAAAUGUACGAGUUUUUCAGGGUAAAAAUUGGGAAUAUUGCAGUUUCCAUUGUUUGCAAAAAUUACCUCAAUUUUCAAGGUCUACAUAAAUCCUCCCUAUAGUGAGAAAAGAUGUGAAUCCUUUUUCCUUAUGUCAGAAAAAGAAUUGUGCGAUUUGUGUUCUUGUAAUGAUUAUUCCAGUGCCUAUACUUAGUACAUGUAUGUCUAAAUUGCUCAGUACAGUAUAAGUUUUCCAAGUCGAAAGUGUCAAUAUCUUUCCUUCCUUUUCAACAUGAAUUGUAAAAUUUUUUGCUUUUCUGUUUUCACUUUUCUUCUGUGACAAAUCAGGCAUUCAGUAGCAAGGAUCCUAUAAUCUACAAUGUCCCUUUUAAUCUGUAUUUUAAUCGCCUUUAUUCACUGAUAAAACUUUGUGUUCUUGCAUGAAAACUGUGUAUCAGUUUCUUUCAACUGAUGUGGGUUUUUUUUUUAGGUAGAAAUGAUAUCAAUGAAUAUAACUAAAUCUAAGUUGAUUUUUUUGAACUUUAGUCAUAGUACCAGAGCAACUUGACAGUUUGUACUUGAACAGAUGAGUUAUAAAUAUAAAGGUGGUCUAUAUUUCUUUUGUUUCCAAAACUUGGAUUGGAUUAGCUGACCAGUUUGGUUUACAUUAUUGUGCCAGUGGAUUUUUUUAAAUUAUUCAUUUUGGAAUGACCAUAAUUGUAUAGGGUAAUGUAGUGAAUUUUUUUUUUUUACUUUUUUUACACCAUAAGUCUGUUGUCAAUAUGUUCAUCCUUGAUGUCUUCCACCUAAUCUAAUACCUCAUAUUAUUUGUCACUGAUAAGGAUAUCCAGGACUUGAAAACAUCUGUAAUUUCACUUAUCUAUUUUCUUUUAUUUACUCCUCUUACUUUUAGUACUUACAGGGCUUGAAAGAAAACCUUUGUACAGGUGACUUGUUUACUAUUAUUUUAUAAAAACUGUAUGUACUCACAACCUAAAAAUUGCUCGACUUAAUUUUUCAAGUUUAGAGAUUUUGUCACAAGAUUUCCAACAGUCGUUGAAUGCAUAUGUCUUUCUUGAAAUGUGUCUGUUCCUAGACCAUACAGUAACACAAUGAACACAGGAACGUAUGAAAUUGCAGGCAUAUUGAAUGAGACCAUUUUGAGGUUCAAAGGACACCAAUUUGAUGACCUUUACAACAGAGAAAACUGAAGCAUGAACUAAUUUUUGUGAUGCUUGAGGGAUCUCUUAAUUUUAAUAUUAAAUGACAUCCCUGAGAUGGCACAAUUCUUCUAAAAUACUAUUUGCUUUUAUACUUUUUUAUAUCUGUAUUUUUAGUUAGGUAUGAAACAAGCGUAUUUGGAAGAAAAAACAAAUGCGAAAAAUGAUUUUGAAUUCAGUGAGUUGUGUAGUCCCAAACUGGGAAAUAUUCUUUUAUGUUCAAAGGAUAUUGUCAUUAUACAUAAACUGUUCAUGUUGUAACUGUUGUGUUGAUAUAUUUUUUUAGCUAAAAGUCAGUUUAGAUGCAUGACUUUGCCUUUUGAUCAUUCAGGUGUCUGCAAUAAAUGUAUGCUCAGGGUUGUGUUACAGUACAUUAGCAACUAUGUGGUCUCAUUUUACAAGGGGGACACAGGAUGGCUCGGAUCGUAGGAAUGAUUAAUUCCAAAACUAAAUACUACUUGAAAACAUUUGUGCUGUACUAAUGAUGUUUUUUAGUCAGUACUUUUGUACCAGGUUUUGUUCCUCUGUGAAUAUAAUCUACCGUAAUAAUAAAAGACAAACGAAA